AUGGCUACCACCAACGGCCCAUCCAAACUCGUCCCAGAACAGCUAUUCCACACUGUUCUCACUGUAAUCGACUAUUCCCACGACGCCUCCGGCGCCAACCGCACGCUAUUCGUCCUCAAAACCCACGGCACCCUUGCCGCAGCAAAGAAAUACGCUAGCCACGCCCUAGAAGCCGUCAACUUCACAGCCGAGGACUUUGAAGUCUAUCGCGUCCGCGCCGACGAAGACCCAGCCAAGCCCUGGACCCACGGCGACGGCGUGCUGGUUUUCGCCCGCUCCUUUGAUGGGCAGGAGUUUCUCGUGGGAAUCGACACUACCCCCAACAACGAGGCUUUGACUGCUACGUCAGAUGGAGAGAUAGUGCUGCCCGAGGGCGCAAAAUUCCUGCACUAUCUUUUGCAGAUUACGGUGGACUACAACGCCGAUCGUAGCGGCAGCUCGCAGACUACGGAAAUUGAAGGGACGUAUGUCCAUCGUGCGGAUGCUUGGACGGCUGCGCAUGUGUCUCUCGAUCCAACAGAGUAUGCAGAGUUUGAUCGUCGGGGCGACGCAAAAUUUGUUGAAGAAUGGCCCUUUGGCGAAGAUGUUGCGGUUCAUGCCGUCUCUGAGACUGGACAAAACUACUUUAUUGCGGUGAAAAGGCCCCCCGAGCAGAAGCACGAGUGCAAAAAUUCGCUCCCAAAGCAAACUAAAAUGGCCACUCUCGACGCUCUGAAGCGGGCUCUGAGACAAAAAGCUACUUCUCCGACGCAGCCCCUGUCCGAGGAACAAUAUAGCGCUGGCUUUGACAUCCUGCUCCAGGGUCCCGGAUGGAAGACAUACCAAGACUUUAUUUUCCCCCAGCUAUCCCAAGUGCUGACCCCUCUGUUCAACUCGCGAACCCGCAUCUCGGUGUUGGAGAUAGGACCUGGUCCCAAGAGCGUGCUUGGCUAUCUGCCUGAUGAUCAAAGACGCAAGAUCAACAAGUACGCUGCGUUCGAACCAAACGACUUAUAUGCCACAAAAUUGCAAGAAUGGCUGGAGACACAAUCUCCGCUCCCCUGUCUGGAAAGCCUGCCCGAUAUCUAUCGAGUGCCUUUUACUCUGGACAGCACCGUCACCGAUGCAAAUGAGGAACAAGAAAAGUUCGACGUCGUCCUCUUCUGCCACAGUAUGUAUGGAAUGACACCCAAGCGCUGCUUCAUCGAACGAGCACUAGAGAAGCUGGCUGUGCAACCCGAAGGCGGGGUGGUGGUUGUCUUCCAUCGUGAUGGUGUGGACUUUGAUGGCCUAGUGUGCCAUAAAAUGGCUUCAUUCCCUUCUGGGACCAUUCGUGUUGCAGAUGAUGAUAAGAUUCUGGAUAACUUUUCCUCUUUCGUCGCGGAGUUUGUUAUGCAAGACAAAGACGCAGACGACGCUAUCCACGUCGAAUGGCGUAAGAUGUGUCGUGACUUGGGUCGCCGUCAGGAAGCUCACCCAGGCUAUCUCUUCUUCAGUGCACCUGAGGUUAUGAUAGCAUUCAAUCAUCAUGCCACAAUGUUGCCGGAACUCACAGCGCAAGUGUCGUUGGCGAAAGAGGACAGGACUAUGAAGAACUGGGAGGCUCGAGCCCACCGUCCCGCUUCAAUUCUCAAGCCGACAAAGAUCGAACAUGUCCAGAAAUGUGUUCAAUGGGCUUUGAAGCACGGAGUUAGUUUGACUGUCAUUGGUGGAAGUCACAGUAGCCACUGUCUUUGGCCCAACGUUGUCGCAGUUGACAUGGAGGUUUUUGAUCAAGUACAUGUUCAAGCUCUUAGAGAUAAUGGGACAGAUUCUGGCUUCAAUUCCGGCUCCUUGAUUAUUGCUGAGGCCGGCUGCAAGACGGGAGAUAUCGUUCGUGCUGCCAUGGCGGUGGGUUUGACUGUGCCUCUCGGAGCUCGUCCAAGCGUGGGCACUGGGUUAUGGUUACAAGGCGGCCUCGGGCAUCUGGCCAGACUUCAUGGUCUUGCGUGCGAUUCCAUUGUCGGUUUCAUAAUGGUGAGUGUUGACUCGGCCCAUAUCCUGUGUGUCGGACAUGUACCAAAUGAAUAUUGGCCGACCGGUGGUGUACGCCCGGAAAACGAAGCCGAAUUGCUAUGGGCAACGAAAGGAGCUGGCACCAACUUUGGCAUCGUGACGAGCGUCAUUUUCAAAGCGUAUCCGGCCCCGGUCUAUACAGUUCGAAACUGGAUUAUGCCACUGAAUGAGAACGUUGAAGCACAGCGUAGACUCACCGAAUUUGAUAGGCUCAUCGCUAGCCAUCUCCCUCGGAACUGUUCCGCAGAUGCGUAUCUGUAUUGCGAUGCUGGAGGGUUGCAGCUUGGCAUUACCACGAUUGAAGCUUGCACAGCCAGGUCGGUCUCAGAAACUCCUACACUUGCUAAUACGAUUCUGGGGCCAGAAUGCAAUCUCAAAGUUGUAGACGGCGUUGGCUUGUUUAACACCGAGAUGUACGUGUCCGGAAUGCACGGAGGACAUGGACGCGACAAGACGUCCUCGUUCAAGCGGUGUCUCUUCUUAAAAGAUAUUGGAGCUGCAGACGUGGCUGCAAUAUUGGUAGCAGCGGUCGAAUCUCGUCCCACGACACUAUGCUAUCUCCAUCUGCUGCAGGGCGGCGGAGCGGUUGCCGAUGUGGUUCCCGAUGCAACGGCUUUCGGUUGUCGUGACUGGGACUUUGCCUGCGUUGUCACCGGCGUCUGGCCUCGUCACCAAGACGGAACUGAAACUGCUCAAGCUGCUGUACACUGGGUUUAUCAUGUUGCCCAAACUCUGUUGCCCCUGGCUAGCGGAGUUUACAGUGCAGAUCACGGACCAGAUCCCAGAGACGCCGAUCUGGCAAAGAAAGCUUUCGGUCCAAACCGGCCGCGCUUGGCUCGUCUUAAACGACAUGCAGACCCAUGUAAGGUGCUGGCUUAUGCCUGUCCGCUUCCAGAGGUGCCAAUGGGACCAAAGCUCAUUGUUCUUGUCACGGGAGAACAUGGUGCCGGUAAGGACUAUUGUGCCGACGUUUGGGCAUCCGUGUUCAAUACAACUUCUCCCAACAUCUCUAAGGCACUGGUAGUUAGCAUUAGUGACGUGACCAAGCGAGAAUAUGCGGCGGCCGCUGGUGCUAACUUGGACGCUCUACUCCAAGAUCGUGCCUAUAAGGAGCAACACCGGCCAGCCUUGACGGCAUUCUUUCAAGAGCAAGUGCGGCAACGACCUCGGCUGCCAGAGGAGCAUUUUCUGGAUGUAGUGCAUGGCGCCGUGGAUGUGGACGUAUUGCUGAUCACCGGGAUGAGAGAUGAGGCUCCAGUUGCAGCUCUGUCACAUCUAGUGUCAGACAGCAGAGUGAUCGAAGUUCGUGUCAAAUCAAGAGAAGAGAUGCGGCUAGCUCGUGGAUGUUGUCAGAUCGGUGAUGGGAUUGUUGAUCAGAAGAAUAAGAACGGUAUAAAUGGCACCAAUGGCGCGCGAGACUCAGACUGGUGCCCGGAUCUCAUCUUCUACAACGACACGUCUGGAAGUAAAAUGGCAGAAGAGUACGGCCAACGUCAUUUGCUUCCCUUCUUUAGCGAGGAUCUGCAGAUGCUGGCCAACAUGCCGGGAGGAUUGAAGCUGUGUGUGUCUCUGUUUCGGAGCCACUUCGCCAGUGACUGGAACAAGAUCGAAGCAGUGGUUUGUUGCGAGGCUGGAGGCUUCAUCUUUGCGUCUGCGCUGGCGUCAGAUAUAAAUUUACCCCUGGUUCUGAUUCGUGAAGCUGGCAAGCUACCGCCACCCGUUGUUUCUGUUGUCAAGAGGCCGUCGCACAUUUCACAUUCAACACCCAACAGUUCAAGAGAGAAGAAGAUGGAGAUGGAGCGGGAUGCGAUUCGCAGCGGCGCGUCUGUGCUAGUCGUGGACGAUGUUCUUGCCACGGGUGAGACGCUCUGUGCGGUUGUGCAGCUGCUGGCUGAAGCUGGGGUCAGCGCUGAUCAAAUCAGUGUCAUGGCCGUGGCUGAAUUUCCUGCUCAUCGUGGACGGGAACUAAUGCGCCGUUGUGGGUUUGGAAGACUUCAAGCUAUUUCCAAGAGGCAACCUUCGACAGCUUCCAUCAGCUCCAAUACAACACGUCCAAGUCAAGCGUCUUUUACGCUGCUCUCCUUCAUGGGUUCCAACCAACAGCCAUCGCAAUCAGGGCCUCCCUUGGAGACUUUGUCCAUCAAGCAGCUUCUUCGGCUGCAUCCGCGGAACAAGCUUUUGGUUCACCCUCUGGAGUGGACCGGUCGCCAUCUUGAGGUGCUGCAGUGUUCAUUUGAGGACUCCCUACCACCUCCGCCCUCACAAGAACACCUGGACGAGGUGGACGCAAUCCCUGCUACAAAAGGUUUUAUAUAUUCCAUGAAAAAGAUGGCUGCAAAUGAAGUCUGGCAGCGCCGCGAUGCUGCCAUCAGAUACAUCGUCGGUUCUGAUGAUUGUCCACUGAGGCCCUACGGGCAUGGUAAUAAGGCUGCCCUAGAGACGGGCAAGGCGCCAAUCGCCUUCGUCUGCAUCGACUGCGAGCGUAUCAAAUCCCUUCGCUAUGAACAAAUGUUACCCUACCGUGGUAAACGCUUCAGCAAGCAAACCAACGGAAUAUACGAUCGCCAUGUGAAAAGAGUUACGCCACCCAACCGUCUACAUGAUCCAUACAUAGUAGCCCUCCUGUUGGCAGUUGCAUAUAACCAACGGUACCGGACAAAAUCUUCGAGAGGGUCCAGGUCUACUUUUUGGCCUCAGGGGGUAGUGACAGAUCGUGAGGAUGAAUACGUCCACCUCUUUGCCGCACAUAUUUCAUCCAACUACCUCAACAAAUUUGACUUUCCUUCCCGCCAACCUACCAAGUCAGCGCAGCAACCGUUGCUGAUUCACCAUAUCCGCGUACCAUUAGAGCCAUACGACACUUUCCGCCCACGCCUACUCCCAAUCCUGCUUCAUCCUGCCAAUUAUUACAAGUGA